GAUUAAUUUGUAUUUGUUAGUUUUGUUAUUGUUACGAAUCUCGAAAUAUAAAAUAUGAGUUAGCCGAAAUUGAGUUCCAACUGUGAUAUAUUGCUUCAACAUGAUAUAUUCAAUGAAUACUAUUUCAAGGUUUUGUCGAAAUCGAUUCACUUUCUACAAGAAACGUUUCAAUCAUGUCCAAGCAUCAGACGAGCCAAAGUCAGGUAAAUCGAGUCAAAAUAAGUUUACAAAAGAUUUCCCAUCUAUUCUUAAGGAACACAAGGAUAAAAUAAUCUUUAGUUCUUAUUUAGAUCACGAAAAACUAGAAUUAGGUUAUUUCAAAUAUUAUUUGAAGACUAUAAAAAAGGCUAAAGAAAUACAGAAGGAAGAGUAUAGGAAUAGAAACUUGCCCCCGUUACCUGUGGCGUUGCAAUAUUAUGUCGAUAAAGAUAGGUUACUGGUGGAAGAUUCAAAUGAGCCACAACAAGAGCCUGAGAAAGCAUUCCAAAUCCCAUUUGCCAGUACUAAGCCUGUAGAUAUAAGUAAUGAAGAAGUCAAGACACCACAUAGUGUAAAUAAUGAUAAUGAAGCAGAAUUCGAUCAAACAAAUAUUAAAAGAUGGAUGGCAAACUAUGAACAUUUUGACGACUCUCAAUUAGAUAAUGAAGAUGUGGAGAGUGACACAGAAACAUUAAAUGAUUGGUUUAAACACUAUGGUACUCCGGAUCCUAGUGUGGAAGUGAGUCGAGUGCCGUGUGGGGGCUGCGGAGCACUACUCCAUUGCAGUGACCCGUCCAUCCCUGGAUAUUUGCCCAGUGAAAUCUUCCGAGGCCGGACUCGUAAUGAAUUAAAAGCAAUAGAAUGUCAGCGUUGCCACUUUCUUAAGGAAUAUAACAUUGCACUGGAUAUUAGCGUGCAACCAGAGGAAUAUGAGAGAUUGUUGCAAUCUAUAAGAUAUGUCAAAUCUUUGGUGCUCCUUAUGGUAGACUUGCUUGACUUCCCAUGCUCAAUUUGGCCAGGCAUUGUGGACAUUAUCGGCACUGAAAGGCCAAUUAUUCUGGUUGGCAAUAAGGUGGACCUACUUCCCGGUGACAGUAUUGGUUAUCUGAAGCGCAUUAAAGAAUCACUAAUUACAGAAAUUAACAAAACUAAACUCAAAGAUGCCAAUAUCAAGUAUGUGGGCCUCAUAUCGGCGAAAACUGGCUACGGAGUUGAAGAUCUCAUAUCUGCCAUGUUUAAAGAGUGGUUAUACAAGGGAGAUGUGUACCUUGUCGGCUGCACUAACGUUGGCAAGAGCUCCCUGUUCAAUGCCCUGCUGCAAUCAGAUUACUGCAAAGUACAUGCUGUAGAUAUCGUUAAAAGAGCCACUGUCAGUAGAUGGCCAGGAACCACUUUGCACCUCCUCAAGUUCCCGAUUAACCGGCCGUCCGGUUGGAAGAUAUACCAAAGGACUCGAAGACUGAAAUCUGAAGCUAAACUUAUGAAAGUUGAGAAGGAAAUAAGGAAAGCGCAGCUGCAAGGAAUGGCUCCGAAAGAAACGCCCACACUUAUAGGACAUAUCGGAAGAUAUUUUUCGGAGUUGUACGGCGACGGUGACAUUGGGGAAGGGCAAAAGAAAAUGACGACCCUGAAUGAGAAGCAUGAACUGUUUGCAAAGAGCAAGUGGUUUUAUGACACCCCAGGAGUCAUUCAUCCAGACCAAGUGUUAUCUUUGCUAACCACAGAAGAAUUGCUUCUGACUAUUCCCAAGAAGACUAUUAAACCGCAGACUUAUUACUUGCAUAAAGGGUUUACGCUAUUUAUAGGUGGUUUAGCUCGUGUAGAUCACGUAGAUUGUGAACAUCCAUGCCGUUUUACAGUGUUUUGCUCUGAAAGUCUACCUAUAACUGUAUCAAAAACUGAAGAUGCUGGGGAUGUUUAUGAUAAGUUUCUAGGUACCGAAUUGUUUGGAGCACCGUCUGGUGGUGAAGAGAGACUGAAGAAAUGGCCAGGUUUAGAGAAAUGUGGCAACACCUUUGAAUUUGACGGGGAGGGCCCUAAAUUGUGCUGCGGUGACGUGGUGUUGUCGUCUGUGGCGUGGGUGGCUGUCACGGCCAAAAAGGGUACACUGUGUAAAGUCCAAGCUUGGACCCCUGAUGCGCGUGGUAUCUAUAGACGGUACCCUUCCUUACUACCUUACGCGGUCAACUUAAAAGGCAAAAGGAUAUCCGACACACCCGCAUACAUGAUUGGUUCAGUAUUUUCAGAAGAUUCAUAAUAUAUAGGGUUGCUGUUUAGAUCUGUGCAUCCAGUAUAUUGUUAUUUUAAUUGCUUAUUAUAUU